AUGAUGCGACCAAAAGAUUUACGCCAGGGCUCUGGCACUAAGACUUUUCUGGAUGCCAUGCACGGAGGCAAGGUUCACCUUGCACGUUUCAUUCUGGAUGCCCUUGAUGGACGCAUUAUUAACUCAAAAACAGAGAAUAGUCGCACCCCGCUCAUGCAUGCAGCUUGUUUGCAAGACCCUGGUUCCCGGGCCAAGUUUACUCAUCUUCUCUUGGAGAAGGGUGCUGAUGUGAAUUGUCAGGAUGAGGAUGGUCGCACAGCGCUCAGCCUGGCUUGUGAGCUGGGUCACCUGGAUGUUGUGAAGCUUCUGGUGCAGUUCAAUGCUGAUCCUGAUAUCACGGACGCAUGGGGAAACAGCGCUCUCAUGUACGCUGCCUUCUCCGGCCACAGCCAGGUUCUGGAGUUUCUUGUACGGGCUUUUAAGCGGCUGGGACUGAGACUGGAUAGAACAAAUAAUGCUGGCCACUCGGCUAUAGAGGUAGCCAACUUUUUUGGACACAAUCAUUGUGUCCAGAUUUUAAAUUUCCCCUGCAGGAGAAACGUCGUCCAAGAUGAGCCUCUGACUGAGACUAGUAACAGUGGGGAUGGAGAGUUUCGGCUCCCAAACAAACUACCAAGAUAUAUGUUGGAACGAUUUUCCAAACAGUUUAGUGGCACAGAUGACCAACUGCCCACUCUGUUUCAAAAACAGUUGAAGACAGGAGACAGUAAUGGUCUGUGGAACCGCUUCAGAUGUCCCAGGAGUCAGUCUCAAGAUGAUAACCAGAGCCACAGCUGGGGUCUACCUUCUCCAAACGACAAAUGCCAAAAUGAAGUGGACCAGAGUGUCCUUUUUGCUGCCAAACAACUGCAAAACUGCCAGCUCAGAGAGGUGAGGGUUGCUAAAACACUGAACUCUGUGCCUGAAACCAGCCAGAAAAAUGUCAGCAAGGACAAUGCACAGCAAAAGCAAAUCUCAGAGCCUUCCUCUGCUUGGGGUAAAGCCAAGUCAUUUAACAUGGACCUUGUGAGCAGCAGAAAGCAGUCAUAUCAGGGCGACAUCCGUGACUUGGGCCUGUCAGCCAGCAGAUUGAAGAGAGGUUCGCUGCAGGAUGAGAGAUGUCUGCUGGAUAAGAGGGACAGCCAAGGGAACUCUUGGGCCCUUAUAAAAGAUGCUGAAAAAACUAUGCCAAAACCUCUUUUAACCAGCAAGUGUCCGGCUGUGAGAGCACUUGAGGAGAGUUGUGACAUGGAUAAUGACACAUUAGGCAAGAGAGAGCAGCAGAAGAGAGGGAGCCUGGGUCCCACCACUAGACACAACAAACUGCUGUUUGCCAGAGGAGACAUGGAUUCUGGGAAAGAUCCCAGCCGCACAACUGGGUUUGUGGGAUUAGGGACAAGGCUGCUGCGGAGAUUCACAGCUCCAGAGUUCAUGAAGAUUGUGGUGGACUGUUCCUCUCAGAGCAGGGGCCGCAUCUCACGCUCUGAAACAUUCCCAUUCUCACACACACACCAGCAGGUCAACAGCCAGCCUAGCGUUGACAGCAUCAGUGCAGUUAGGUGCGAAUUUGAAAGCUGCUCUUCUCAGUUUCCUCUUGAUUAG